CCCCCUCAUCAUCACACGUUUGCAUGUCCCGACUGCCCUCGUAAAUGCAAGACUUUGCGAGGCCUCAAGAACCACCAAAACACGGUGCAUCGGAGCGUCUCCGAAGAGCUUCCACCAGAGUAUGAUGACAUUGACCCCCCACGAGCAACUUUUGAGCAUCAUCCGUACUUGACAGGUAUGUGCUUACUCCCCUCCUGUCCUAAUGCCCCACCUCCGCCGACUGGUCCCGCUCCUCCUCCUGAGACGCCCGAAGCUUGGCAGCCAUUCCGUUCACGCACAGAGUUCGAUUUUGCCUACCAUCAUUAUGUUGAGGCUGAAAGUUCGGCACGGAAAAUUGAGACCCAGCUCGAUUUUUGGUCUGCAGUUUGUGCACCUCUUGGUACCACACCUCGUUGGCAAAAUACCAAGGACAUGUACGAGACCAUAGACCAGAUUGGGGUCGGUGGUGUCCCCUGGCAUAUCUACAAGGUUCGAUAUCAAGGCUCAAUUCCCUCCAACUCCCCUCCGAAGUGGAUGUCCCAGACUUACGAGCUGUGUGUUCGAGACACCCGUGCGGUGAUACAUGAACAGCUUGCGUCACCGGAGUUCAAGGAGCACAUCAAUUAUUCUCCUUACCGACACUUCAAUCAUGAUGGCAAGCGCGUUUUUUCCAAUCUGAUGUCAGGCGAGUGGGCAUGGAAGCAAGGCGAUCUCAUUGCAGAGGAUCCGAACACGCACGGCUCCAUGUUCGUGCCGGUUGUGGCCGGCAGUGACAAGACAACCGUCUCUGUUGCGAGUGGCCAUCAGGAAUUCCACCCGGUAUAUAUGUCCCCAGGUAACCUUUCUAACACAGCUCGCCGAGCCCACGGUAAUGCAGUCCUGCCCUGCCCCGACGGCCAUUUCCGACGUGCCAUCUACGGCCUUGGUCCGUAUAUCGCGGAUUAUCCGGAGCAAGUCUGGCUUUCGGCAAUCGUGUCAAAUUGGUGCCCAAAGUGCGAUGCACACCCCUCAAAUCUUGACGCACCCGACGCUUCCCGACGAACCCGGGAAAAAACGGAUACUUAUUGCUCUCGGCUUGAAUCAAGCGUUCUCUGGCACGAUUUUGGUAUAAGAGAUGACUUUCGUCCGUUCAUGCACUCCUUCCCUCGAGCCGACAUCCAUCAACUCCUCGCACCCGACCUUCUCCAUCAAGUCAUCAAAGGAGUUUUCAAAGAUCACGUUGUUUCAUGGGUAAACCAAUACUUAAUCCUAGAGUAUGGCCAAGCCGAAGGUGAAGCAAUUAUCGAUGACAUCGACCGACGAAUCAACGUUGUUCCCCCCUUUCCUGGACUUCGUCGCUUUCCGGACGGACGCGACUUUCAACAGUGGACCGGCGACGACAGUAAAGCUCUAAUGAAGGUUUAUCUUCCCGCAAUCGCCGGUUAUGUUCCCUCCGACAUGGUCCGAUGCCUUCGGGCAUUCCUCGACUUUUGUUAUACUGCACGCCAAAACAGUAUCUCAGCCGACGAUUUAGUCAAGCUCGAAGACAACCUAGCGCAGUUCCACCAAUAUCGACAGAUCUUCAUUGACACCGGUGUCCGCAUGGACACUAUCUCACUGCCACGCCAACAUUCUCUUCGACACUACAUUCGAUCAAUCAAACUCUAUGGUUCCCCCAACGGGCUGUGCUCUUCGAUCACAGAGUCGAAACACAUCGUGGCUGUGAAGAAACCAUGGCGCCGAUCAAGCCGGUUCCAUGCGUUAAGCCAGAUGUUGCGAAUCAAUCUACGAAUCGACAAAUUACGGGCGGCUCGUGAAGCGUUCAACCAACGUGGAAUGAUGGCAGGGACAACAUCGGAUUACGAACGCUUCAUCCUCAGUGGUGGAGUCCCCACCCCCCCUGCUGCUCCGGCCCCGCCUGAAGACGCCGACGAUGAUGGAGGCGCUGUCGCCGGGCCCAAAGUCAUGUCCUCAAUUGAAUUAGCUUGUCGCCGAGGUACGUCCCCACCUGUCCAUUCCUACUCGUGUUCAUACCCCACAUUAGCAUUUGGUUAUACUCGAUACCUCCCCGAACUUGCCGCCGAGAUCUGUCAACCCCGGCUCCCAGAGCUUAUCCGUCGGUUCCUAUAUGAUCAGUUGAAUCCCGGCCAAGCCGACAACGAGGUACCUCCCCUCCAUCAGUGCCCGACCUUUUCCGGACGCGUGGACGUAUUUCACUCUGCUGUUGCCCGAUUCUGGUCGCCGAGCGACUUUUCCGGAGCUGGCGGAAUGCGGCGAGAACGUAUCCGAUGUAACCCCUGUUGGCGUGGAGAGUAUGCUCGGCAUGAUACUGUCUUUGUCGACACUAACACAGAUGAACCAGGCAUGCGAGGAAUGAUGCCAGACGAGGACACUGGGCUGUGGGUUGUUCGGCCCGAGUAUUUGCACGGCAGGCGUCAUCUCGCCGUUAUUUCUUUAGAUGCUAUUUCGCGUGCAUCGCAUUUGAUAGGC